AUGGCCAGUCAUUUAUCUAUUAGGAACAAGAUGUCGAUCGAUGAGAGUCUCGAAGAUGAGGAAGUCGAGGAAGUGCCCACGGCUCAGACUACAAUCACCAGUUACUGUUCUAGUGACGUUAUCAACGAAGUUAUGAAUCCGCUGAUCGAGCAAGGUCUCAAGAUUGAUAAACAAGAAGCCGCUCAUCAUGAGGAAGACAAUGUAUCCAAUGACAAGAUCAAACUUGAAUCGCUUUUCGAAGGACUCGGAAGUUUUGGAAGAUUUCAACAGAUCCAGUUCAUUCUAAUAUGUAUACCAAUCGCCUUCGUUUCCAUGCAUGUGAUGAGUUGGACUUUUGUCGUCUCAUCAGCAAGAAGGAUAUGUAAUGGAACCAACGAAACAAUUUUCGAUGAUGGAUGCAAAGAACGGGCAUAUUCGGCAUCCGACCGGUGGGAAAUGGAUGGAGACAACGGGUGGAUCAAAGCCACUGUACAAGCAGUAUAUUUUAUUGGACAACUUGUUGGAUCUUUUACUUGUGGUGUGAUGGCUGACAAAAUCGGAAGGAAGAAAGUACUCUUUUGGUGUCUAGUGCUCCAAGUAGCAUGUGCUCUUUUGCUGAUUGUAGCCCCUACUUGGUGGAUUUACGCUAUUCUCAAAGCUGGAACCGGCUUUUCUCAACCUGGAAUCUAUGGAGUUGCAGUUGUGUUAGGAAUUGAAUUGGUUGGAAAACAAUACCGUAGCAUCAUUGCUGUCAUUGCCAACGUCUUCUCCGUUAUUGGAGGGAUGGGGCUGGCUAUUCUGGCUUACUUCAUAGUAGACUAUCGAUUCCUCCAUGCUGCAAUUGCCAUCCCAUCACUGAUUUUCAUCACCUACUACUGGAUCAUUCAUGAGAGUGCUCGUUGGUUGGUUUCUCAAGAAAAAUACGAUGAUGCAAAUGUUGUACUCUGUGCAACAGCAAACUGGAACAAGAAGACAGUUCCAAAGGAUUGGGCUAACCAAGUCGGGAAGAAAAUGGAUGUAACUGUGACCAAGAAGAAGGAUACAUUUGGAGUAAUCGAUCUGAUUCGAACUCCGCAAAUGAGGAAACGAACAUUGACUAACUUCGUCAUGUGGCCAGUAACGACUAUGAUGUACUAUGGAAUGACGAUGAGAAGUGAUGUAGGCGGCGGAAGUCUCUUCGUGACUUUCAUAACAUCUCAAAUCAUGGAACUUCCGGCAGUUAUUAUAACUGCUUUGUUAAUUGACAGACUUGGAAGAAAGGUCAUGUAUUCUGGAUCCAUCUUCCUCGCAGGUCUGCUUCUUCUUGCCAACUGGCUGACACAUGAUAUGAUCCCACAUGAAUACGCAGUAGUGAUGCUCAUGGUUGCCAAAGGAGCUGUCUCUGUUUCCUACACUGUUAUGUACACAUACACAUCGGAACUGUUCCCAACUGUUAUUCGUAACACUGCCGUGGGAUGCUGCUCUACCAUCGCUAGAUUCGGAGCUAUUACAGCUUCAUUCAUCGCAUUUUUUUUGGUUGACAAAUUCGGACGCGUCGUCAUGAUUGUUCCUUUCACAAUUUUGGCCAUUUGUGCCUCAAUCGUCUCGUGGUUGAUGUUGCCAGAGACAGUCAACAAACAACUACCGGAUUCAAUUUCGGAAAUCGAAGGCAACAAAAUUUAA